GAAAGUUCUUCCGGGAGAAGAUGUUGAAGAACGGGACGGUAAUGCCUAUGCCAGACAUUCGGGAUAAGAUGCCCCAAAGGUCGUUUUUGCCCCGCGCCAUCGCGGCAAAGCUCCCGUUCUCCGCCGCGAAGAUCGGGGACCUCAAGCGGCUGUUCCACGCCGCCGACGGCUCCGCCAUGGAGAAGAUCCUGGCCGACACGCUGGCGGAGUGCGAGCGGGCGCCGAGCCGCGGCGAGACGAAGCGGUGCGUGACCUCGGUGGAGGACAUGAUCGACUUUUCGACGAGCGUGCUGGGGCGAAACGUCGUCGUACGCACGACGGAGAACACGGAGGGAUCGAAGAGGGACAUAAUGGUAAAUUCGGUGAAAGGAAUCAACGGUGGAAAAGUCACCAGAUCCGUCUCCUGCCACCAAAGCCUGUACCCUUCCUUGGUGUAUUACUGCCACUCCGUCCCCAAAGUCCGGGUCUACGAAGCGGAUAUUUUGGACCCGAAUACCCGGUCCAAGAUCAACCACGCUGUCGCCAUCUGUCACAUUGACACGUCAUCUUGGAGCCCCACCCACGGAGCCUUUCUCGCCCUCGGGUCGGGUCCCGGCAAAAUCGAGGUUUGCCACUGGAUCUUUGAGAACGAUAUGACUUGGGCCGUUGCAGACUAAACCCGGCCCACCUUUUCGCGUUUCAAUCGCGUCGACCCGGGCGGGUUUUAAAGGAAAAGAAAUAAGAAGCCGCUGUUUCGACCCGUUUUGUCUCAUAAGAUCGCCUAGUUCACGUCUUCCAAGUUACAUGUGUUAUGUUGAGUAAAUAUUUUACUCCCUCCGUCCCAAAAUAGAUUACAAUAUUUCCU